AUGGCAAACAAAUCCUUUCAAGUUGCUCUUGAAGCAGCAACAAAUGAAAACAAUACUGAAGAAAAUUGGGAUCGAAUAUUAGAGGUUUGUGAUUAUGUUAAAAAUGGUCAAAUAAAACCAAAUGAACUUCUUGAGCAAAUCACAAAAAGACUUAAACAAACUCGACGAACUAAAUUACAAAUGAAUACAUUAAUAUUAUUUGAUGCAGCUGUUAAGAAUUGUGGUCAAACAUUUCAUCAAUUAUUUACAUCACGUGCAACAAUGAAUGUACUCGUUGAAAUUAUUGAUGAUACGCGAACAGAAAAUAUUGUACGUAAUCGUAUAGGUUCGUUGUUAAAACAAUGGAUGGAAGAUCCAGAAUUUAAAGACAAAGCACAAUAUGCUAUGCUUGGUGCUACCUACAAGAAAUUAACAAUAGAAAAAGGUUAUACAUUUGUUGAUGGUUCUAAUAGCAUAUCAAUAUCGGCAGCUGCUGCACCAGCACCAUCGGCAGCUGGGCGUAGAACUCAAGAUGAUUUGUUAGCUAAACGAGAAGAAGAAGAGUUUGCUAAAGCUAUUGCUCUAUCGAUGCAAGAAGCAAAUCAAUCUAAAUCUCAACAACCAGUUUCAAAUUCUCUUUAUCCAUCAAUGCAACAAUCCAAUGGAACAAAUGUGACAGCAACAACAACAAUGAGUGGAAGUGAAAAGAAAGCAAAAGCAUUAUAUGAUUUCGAAGCAGCUGAGGAUAAUGAAGUGACAUUUAAAGCCGGUGAUAUUCUAACAAUUACCGACGAUAGUGACCAACAUUGGUGGAAAGGUAUUAAUAAUGGAGUUGAAGGUUUAUUUCCAGCUAAUUUUGUUACGAAAAAUCUUCAACAACAAAUCGAUAUGCCUACUCAAUCAAAUGGAGCCAACAAUAAAACGGCUAAUGAAUUAAAUCAAAAGCAACAACGUCAGAAUGAAAUUGUUAAAGAUCAAGUUGUUAUUGAUGAACGUCUUAUUGAUCGUUGUUUAGCUAUGUUGCAAAAUGCUGAUCCGACCGGUGAAAUCGAAGCUGAUUCAAAUGAAAUGCUUAUGCUUGAAGACACAUGUUACGCAAUGGGUCCACUUAUUGAUCAUGAACUUGAAAAAGUCGAUCGUAAACACGUACAAUUAGAAGAAUUAAAUAAAAAUUUACGUGAAGCUAUGGAAUUAUAUCAUCGUCUUAUGGAAGAAGGUCGUAUUCGAGCAGCACAAGUUAAAACAAAUGCAGCACAACUUGCUAAUCAAAUGUAUCAACAACAACAAUCACAAAUUCCACCUCAACCAUAUUAUCAAGUUCAUCCAGGUUUACAAACACAACCAGCCAUACCUCAACAGCAGCAAGUAAUUAUGUAUCAAAAUCCACAACUAUAUAAUCAAUUACCACCACAAACACAACAAUCAAUGCCGUAUAUUCCACAACAGCCAGCAGGGGCAUACUAUGUUGAUCCUAAUUUACAACAACAACAACAACAACAACAACAUAUGAUGUAUUCCAUGCCACCGAAUAUGAUCAAUACUCUUCAACAACAGCAGCAGCAGCAGCAGCAACCAACUGCUCAUAGUGAAGCUCAAUAA